GGGAGGAAGAAGUCGGUCUCAGGCUCAGACCACCGAGCGCAUAAGCUCAAACUCGUACUGCUCCUGCUCUGAAGUUGCUCUGCUGUUCCGGCCAUGGCUGCACGAGCGCUGACCGCUGCCGGCCGCCGGGUGGCCGGCCAGACCAGGCCGACGUCUCUUCUUGCCUCCUGCAGUAGGGCCAGGAACCACUCCUCGGCCAGCGCGCAGCCUGAGGAAUACCGCAGGGACGCCCAUGGCCCGGCGGCGGCGAUGACCGGGGCGCAGGUGGAGGCCGUGCUGAACCGCAAGAACGUCGAGGUGCUCCAGGACGAGGAGGAGCACGUCGCCACGGGCACCGUGCUGCCAGAUCGCCACGAGACCAUCGGCGCGCUGGACGGCGGCGAGGACGCGUCGUGGGUGCCCGACCAGGAUACAGGCGUCUUCGUCCCUGCCGAUGCCGGCGCUGACGGCCACGGCGGGGGCGCGCAUCCCGCCCCACCGCAGCACCUGUACGGAGGCGUGGGCGGGUCGGCGUCGGUGCUGGACCAGGCGGUGUUCGUCCGGGAGGACAUGGAGGACGCCGAGAGGCCCGCCAUGGACCUGACCGAUGCCAACGGCGGCAGCAACAACUAAGUUAGCUAUCCAUGGUAGAAUUAGUACUAGCUAGAAGAAUAAAUCCCAUGGAUGCAUCUCUCAAAGCUUGUAGUAAUAAAAGGCUGUCGGUUCACUGCUGCUAAUCAGUAGGAUCAUCUGAUGUGGCA